CCCUUUUAGACACGCCAUUUUGGACAGAGCAGGGACUGGAUUGGGUUGUAUUGUCUGUGUGGGAGAUGAGGGAAUAGACUAAUUGCGGACCAUUUGCAUGAUCUGAUUGUGUAGGUAUCCGGGUAAACCCCGUUAGUAGUAACUGUUCAGGACUAAAUACUCAGCCACUCUUCUGCAAUACUGGUAUUCUUAAGGAUCACCCAACUAGAUGAGUUUCAGCACCUCAUCCCCGGUAACCGAACAGAGGGAGACGGACAGCUCUGACUCCGCUAGUUGUAGAAGUCGAGCUCCCUCUCUUGGUGUGGUGUGCCCGUUUCGAAUGGUUUCAGCGAGGCAGUGUAUUGUGCCUGCCCCACUGGAGGAAGAGGAGGGAAAGUGAGAGUGCCGGUCACGUUUUUGUGUCUGCGGUUGUGCUGGAAUACGAAUUACAUUUACGGGAGAGAGAGACUCGGAGCCAGUGGGCAGCAUGUUCCAGCUCCCAGUCAACAACCUUGGCAGUUUACGCAAAGCCAGGAGAAAUGUCAAGAAGGUGCUUGGAGACAUCGGCUUAGAGUUUUGCAAGAAGCAUAUUGAUGAUUUCAAAGACUUUGUUCCAAAUGACUUCUACCUAAAACACACUAACUGGGAUGACGUAGGCUGGUGGGAACCCUCUAUGACCAAAUCUCAAGACUAUCGCUCAAAGCCAUUCUGCUGCUCGGGUUGCCCCUUCUCCUCCAAGUUCUUCUCCGCCUACAAAAGCCACUUCCGCAAUGUCCACAGCGAGGACUUCGAGAACCGCAUCCUCCUCAACUGCCCGUACUGCACAUACAAUGGCAACAAGAAGACCCUGGAGACACACAUCAAGCUGUUCCACAUGCCCAAUAACAUGCUGCGGCAGGGCCAGCAGGGGGCCAUGGGCACCCUCAACAAAACCCUUGACAAGGGCCGCCUCAGCGACACGGUAGAGCAGCCCGUUUACUACUGUAAGAAAUGUACAUAUCGGGACCCACUGUACAAUGUGGUGCGCAAGCACAUCUACCGGGAACACUUCCAGCACGUGGCCGCACCGUAUAUGGUGAAGCCGGGGGAGAAAGUCACACCACCCAAUGGUGCAACUGGGGCAGCCGCAGCUGCCACCGGGGCAGGUGCCACGGCCGGUGCCAGUGGCGAUUCCCAAAACAGCGGAGGCGGUAACAGCAGCAGCUCGGCCAUCCACUGCAAGCGCUGUCUCUUUGUCCCGCGCACCUACGAGGCGCUGGUGCAGCACGUCAUCGAGGACCACGAGCGGAUCGGGUACCAAGUCACCGCUAUGAUCGGCCACACCAACGUGGUGGUGCCCCGUGUCAAGCCUGUGAUCAUGGUCUCGCCCAAAAACCCAGGGGACAGUAAGGGCAUUAUCGGGGUCACCCCCAAGGGCACACUGGUGACCACCGGGGUGCGCCCGCUUUCUACCCAGCAGCUGAGCAGGAUCGUGAUCCCCAAAGCGGGCCUCAAUUCCUCGGGUCUCCUGUCUGGUGUCCACCUGAAGCAGGGCACGUUUGGGCUGAAAGCAGGGACCACCACACAGUCAGUGUCCAUAGGAGGGCAACAGGUGCGCAUAACGUUACCUGGCAACGCCCAGGUAUCAGUGCCACAGCAGUCCCACGCAGCCAAACCUCACCUCGGCGUCGGCGGAGUCCGGAGCCCUGUUGCUGUAGGAUCCGCCGGCACCUCCACGCUAAAGACGUCACCUCUGACCUCACGCGUGCAGCCCGCCGCCACCACCGUCUCCUCGGUAGUGGCCAAGAAAGGAGGUUCCUCGGUGAUCGGCACCUCCUACACCCAGAAGUGGAAGAUCUGCACAAUUUGCAACGAGCUCUUCCCCGAGAACGUCUACAGCUCGCACUUCGAGAAGGAGCACAAGGCGGAGAAGGUGCCCGCCGUGGCCAACUACAUCAUGAAGAUCCACAAUUUCACCAGCAAGUGCUUGUACUGCAACCGCUACCUGCCCAGCGACACGCUGCUCAACCACAUGCUGAUCCACGGCCUGUCGUGCCCACACUGCCGCGCCUCCUUCAACGACGUCGAGAAAAUGGUGGCGCACAUGCGCAGCGCGCACCCGAACGAGACCGUGGGCCCACGCAACGACUCGCCCCUCACCUUUGACCUCACCCUCCAGCAGGGUAACCCCAAGAAUGUCCAGCUGAUCGUCACCACCUACAACAUGCGGGACGCGCCGGAGGAGUCGGUGGCCUUCCAUGCCCAGAACAGCAGUGCCUCGUCCUCUCCGCAGGGCAAGAAACCGGCCACCGCCAAUCACCCGAAGCCAGCCGCCGAUGGCCAAGACGGCACGCCCGUGAAAAGCCCUCCGCAGGCCGCGGUGCCCUACAAGAGGGAUGUGGGCAAGACUCUGUGCCCGCUGUGCUUCUCCAUCCUCAAGGGCCCCAUCUCUGACGCCCUGGCGCACCACCUGCGCGAGCGCCACCAGGUCAUCCAGACAGUCCAUCCAGUGGAGAAGAAGCUGACGUACAAAUGCAUCCACUGCCUGGGGGUGUACACCAGCAACAUGACUGCCUCCACCAUCACCCUGCACCUGGUGCACUGCCGGGGCGUGGGCAAGACGCAAAAUGGCAAAGAGAGCAGACCCUCCCCGUCCUCCAAGUCCAGCCAGUCUCAGAGCUCCUCACUCAAACGGUCCAGCGCCGAGAACGUCGACCCGUCCGACCCAAAGCGUCGGAAGGCGUCAUCGGGAGCCGAACACGCCUCGGGGCCAGGUUCCGCAGCGCAGGGGGAGAGGUCGGAGGAACCCAUCGUGCUGGCGUUAGACCCGAAGGGCCACGAGGACGAGUCGUACGAGGCGCGCAAGGCCUUCCUCACCCAGUACUUCAACCAUCAGCCGUACCCAACGCGACGCGAGGUGGAGAAGCUGGCCGCCAGCCUGUGGCUCUGGAAGUCCGACGUGGGCAGCCACUUCAGCAACCGCAGGCGGAAGUGCGUCAACGACUGCGAGACGCGCCGCUUCCAGGUGCUGCUGGGCUUCAAGAUGCGCGAGGUCAACCGGCUGCAGCACAACAUGGGCUUCUCCGGUGACCUGGAAUUCCAGCCGCACGAGCCCAUAGAGAGCCGGACGUCGGCCACCUCCAUCGGGCGGUCCGAGGAGGCUGCCAAACGGUGGUUGAAGGACCGUGCCAACGGGGCCACUCGCCAGCGCUCAGCCGCUGCCCGGCCAAACAGUGCCAAGGGGACGCCAUCCAGUGACCAAAACAAGACAAUCAGGAGGACCUCGACCACCGGGACUGGGGCGAGUGCGCAGCCCAUCGCACUCGACUCAGACAGCGAAAAGGAGGAGAACUUGGUGGAUGGGAAAGAGGGGGGGGACUCUACGGAGAAGGACCAGAUUGCCGUAGAUGGACAGACUGAGGAUGGAAAGGUGGUGGUGGUGGCGGCGGUGACAGCGGAGGCAGCGGAGAAGGAGGUUGAGGAGGGAAAAGAAGGCGUCUUGGGUGAUGGAGAGGUCCACGGGGAGAACGGCUUCGGACCCGCUCAAGAGCCUGCGAGAGGUGUGAAGCGCAAGGCCGGGGCCCGACGAGACGCUAAGACUAAACUCAGACAGACAGGACCAGGGGCUCAGAUAGGCAAGCAACAAGUCUAACUGGCACCACAAGGAUAAUUCAUGCACAAACACAAUACUUAUAUGCUCACAAACACAUGGAAUCAUACACACACAGAUGCAUACAUACAUACACACGCAUACACACGCAUACACACACAC